AUGUCGAGUCAGCUGAAAGUUCAGACGGAUAUCAAGAUUACAACGUCUGCCAUGCAGAGGAACUGGAAGUUGUUGAAACAGAUUCACGUGAAUGACAUCCUUGACACGAUGAUAGAAGAAUCUCUGAUAACCAUUGAUGCAAGCAGAAAUGUAUUAGGGAAGGAAACAGAGAGCCAACAAGCGGAAGCACUCCUUUAUCUAGUAUUUCGUAAAUCACAGCCUUACCUGGACGCUUUUAUUGCGAUUCUUGCUGGCAAUGGAUACGAUUUUAUCGUCCAAAAACUUCAGGAAGAUCAGGCUGUUGAAGCUUCAAACUUAUUGGAUCCAACAUUGGAUGACCGUCGACCUAAAACAUCCGGACAUCCAUUGCGAAGGAGUGAUAGUGGGCCUUUUUCUGUCCAACGACAGCUUAGUGAUGCCGUUCAAUCCGACAAAGAAAACGCUACCAGAAAACAGAUCAUGGACGAAUUGAAAGAUGAACUGCAACAACAACAAAUGGAAUGUAUGCAAAAACAAUUCGAAUUAUUAAAACAGCAUCAGGCAGAGGUGACAGCAAGGCAAACGCUGGAAUUACGAAAGCACAAUACAGAUAUCAUUAAAGCAGAGUUUUCUAAACUGAAAGAAAGCGAAGAUCAGCAGAAGGAAAACGAAGCCAAAAUAGAAAGGUUGGAAACCCAGCUUAAAGCCUUACAGAGCAAGCUUGAACAGGAACGCACUAAAACAAAGAAAGAAACAAAAAACUUGAAUGAUAAAAUCAUAGAGCUUCAAAGGCAGAGAGAUGAAUUGAAAGUGGAGUUAACACGGGCAAAACGAGAAUACACCGACUCACUGAAAAAAGUCAAACAAGAGAAUUUGUAUCUUCGAAACCAAAUAAGGCAUGACAAAAGUAGCCAAAACCGAGAUAACAGAUUCACCACCCCUUUGAACCCAAAGUUGGCCCAAACACUGGAGGAGGUACGAAAUAGGAGAAGAUGA